AACUCGUGGAGUCAUGGUGUCGUGUUUUUUGUGAUUUUGCCCUUUCCGUGAACUAUUUUUCAUCAAAACCUCACAGACUCUUUUGGGCGAUGAAACCAAAUAAUCACUGCCGAUUCAAAUCCUCCAUUUUUACACACACGCAGAGAUGCAGAGCUUAGCGAAAAGGCAACGUGGCAUUCUUCAAUGCUCUCGAGUUUUCCUCGAUGAAUUCAAACGAAGAGCGACAAGCCUUAGUACUAGCACUAACAGCUCUCUCUUCGAUCAUUCGCUCACCGGUGAUCCUGAUUCUGUUGUAUUAGUGGAAGGCAAUGCGAGUUCGAGAACCGUAGUUCUCAACAGACCCUCCUUCCUCAAUGCGCUCAACUCUGCCGUGGCAUACAGGUUACAUAAACUUUAUAAAAACUGGGAAGAUACCCCUGAUAUAGGUUUUGUGGUAAUGAAGGGUAGUGGCAACAGAGCUUUUUCUGCAGGUGGUGAUAUUGUUGCCAUCCGUGAUUUUGUGCAAAAAGGAAAUAUGGAAGAAUGCAAGGAAUUCUUUCGGAAUUUAUAUAAUUUUAUAUACGUUUUAGGUACAUAUUUAAAGCCAAAUGUGGCUAUCUUGGAUGGAUAUACCAUGGGUGGAGCAGGUGGAAUUUCCAUUCCAGGAACAUUCAGAGUUGCUACUGAUAAAACUGUUUUUGCAAUACCCGAAACAUUAAUUGGUUAUCAUCCCGAUGCUGGAGCUUCAUUUUACAUUUCCCGUCUUCCCGGUUAUUUAGGGGAAUAUUUGGCUUUAACUGGUGCUAGGCUAAAUGGAGUAGAAAUGCUUGCAUGUGGACUUGCUACUCACUAUUCACAAAGCACAAAUGUUCCAUUAAUUGAAGAACAUUUGAGGAAUCUGAUAACUGAUGAUCCUUCUGUCAUUGAAACAUCUCUUUCAAAUUUCAGUGAUCUUCAUUAUCCAGAUAAUUCAAGUGUUAUUCGAAGGAUUGAAAUGCUUGACAAAUGUUUCAAACAUGAUACUGUUGAGGAAAUCAUGGAUGCCUUGGAAAAUGAAGCUGCUAAAACUAAUGAUGAGUGGUGUCAUUCCACCUUGAAGAAUCUAAAAUAUGCCUCACCAUUGAGCUUGAAGGUCACCUUGAGAUCAAUAAGAGAAGGCCGGUUUCAGAGUCUUGAUCAGUGCUUAAUUCGUGAAUACAGAAUGACUUUACAAGGAAUUUCUGGUCAAAUAUCAGCUGAUUUUUGUGAGGGUGUUCGUGCACGAAUGGUGGAUAAAGAUCAUGCGCCAAAGUGGGACCCACCGAGCUUAGAGCAAGUAUCAAAAGACAUGGUGGAUCAGUACUUUUCUCCUAUUAGUGCAACUGAGCCUGAGUUAGAUUUGCCUACAAAGCAACGAGGGGCAUUUACAUAAACAAAUAUAAAAGUUUAUAAGUUUGAGAAAAUCUUGUGUUUGUCAAGUACUCAAGAUCCUAAUCCUAUGCUAUUUUAGGGAAAAAUCUUUUGAAUAAUAAAUUAAAUAUAAAUCAUGUUGGGUGAUGUAUUUUUUAGAAA